UAAAAGCUGUCUUUAUUUCUUGGUAUUGUCUUUUGAAUGCAAUCAUGGAGAACAAAGCUAAGAGAUGGUCUCUCAAGGGCAUGACUGCACUUGUCACAGGUGGGACUCGAGGAAUUGGGUAUGCCAUAGUGGAGGAAUUGGCAGGAUUUGGUGCUAUUGUACACACUUGUUCAAGAAACAAGAAUGAACUAAAUGAGAGGAUUCAAGAAUGGAAGGAAAAAGGGUUUAAUGUUAGCGGAUCUGUAUGUGAUUUGUCUUCCAAAAAUCAAAGGGAAGACUUAAUGGCCACUGUUUCCUCAAUUUUUGAUGGAAAACUCAAUAUUUUGGUGAACAAUGCGGCGACAAUUAUGCUGAAAUGGGCGACGGAAUAUAGUAAAGACGAUUUUUCGAAUUUGAUUGGUGCAAAUUUGGAAUCUCCUUAUCAUAUGUGCCAAAUUGCUUAUCCUUUCCUUAAAAAGGCAUCAGCUUCAGGUGGUAAUUGUUCAUCAAGCAGUGUCAUAUUCAUUUCAUCUGUUGCUGGUCUAAGAGCUAUGCCUGGUCUCUCAACUUAUGCAGCAACUAAAGGUGCCAUAAAUCAAUUGACAAAGAACCUAGCUUGUGAAUGGGCAAAGGAUAAUAUUCGCAUUAAUGCUGUUGCCCCUUUCUCAGUCAAAACCACAAUUAUGAAACCGGAAGAGGUAGAUCCAACAAUUGGAACCUCAAUUUGGCGGUUAGUGGAACAUAGUCCGACUCCUCGAGUGGCUGAACCAGAUGAAAUAUCGUCGCUUGUUGCGUUCUUGUGUCUUCCAGCAGCAUCAUACAUUACUGGUCAGAUUAUUUGUGCUGAUGGUGGGUUUACUGCUGGAAAUUAA